GGACAACUCGAGUCAGUUGUCCGUGAGGCGUCCAACUGUUAACAUCGCAAUCUCUCUCUCUCUCUUUCUCUGCGUUCUGUGUGUGUGUGUGUGUAAUGUUACAACAACUACCAUUUAAUUAAACUCUUCUCUUUAUAUUUGUAGUGCGUGUGUGCAUCAUUGGAUUUCGUCAUUCAAAAUACGAAAAAAAGUGACGAGAAACGAAUAAAAACUGUGUGACGACACAAUCCAUUGGAUUUCUGUGUUAACACAUUUCCCCCUCAACAAAAAAAAAAACGAAUUAAAAGAGAGAAUAAAAAAAACAUUUCCAGUUAUCCUUAUUUCCAUGUUGUGUCGUCAUAUCAUCUGCCUGCAGUGUGUGUCGUCGUCGUGUGUGUGGUCGCUCUCAUGAAUCUCAGGAUAUAUGGCGCCGUUGCGUCUCAUCAGCCUCCACCUGCUCUUGGCGAGUUGGUGGAUGAUUGCCUCUCUCAUCAAUGCAGCCGAUUUCUAUGACGCAUCAGCAGACCCUGGUGGAACGACGUUGAGUUUCAGUCACGAGCCGGACGAUGUGGUGGUGGCGCGCGGUCAAAGCGCCCGACUCGAUUGCCUAGUCCGUCUACCUCCUUUCCCCUCUGUCGACGAACGGAACGGCACAAGUCAUUUAGACGAACCUAUUGCCUUUGAUAUUCAUUGGUUCCAGGAUGGAAUACCCAUCGUUUUACCUGAUGCCAGACGACAUCUUUUAGCCAAUGGAUCUCUUUAUUUCGACAAGGUGUUGCAUAAGCGACCUGGACGCUCGAGUUCUGACGAAGGGAUUUAUAACUGCCUGGCACAGCAAAGACAAACAUCGAGCAGCUCUUCGUCUGCGGGAGCUUUCGUUUCGCGAAAUGUUUCCGUACGAGUUGCAGUGUUGGCGAGAGAAUUUACAACGUGGCCAAAUGACGCGACAGUAGAAAUGGGCGAUCCGGUGAGAUUUGCCUGUGAAAUUGAAUCGAUGCCGGAAGCGGAAAUCACCUGGGAAAAGGAUGGCGUGGCCGUCGUCACUGUCACCCAAACAGAUAAUCAGCAAGAUGGCGACAAUGGAACCGACUCUAUCAACGGCUCUCCCAUUCAUCCGCGAUUCGUUAAACUCGAAUCGGGAAAAAUCCUGCACAUUUACAAUGUCCAGCCAGAAAACGCUGGCAAUUACAGAUGCGUCGCUCGAAAUGAAAUGGCCGAAAAGGAAAGAAAGAGUCAAGCUGGACGAUUGGUUGUUUCAUCGGACAAUGCUCGUCCAAAUCGAUUAGCGCAAUUCAUUUCACCGCCUCCGGCCAGUGACUUGUGGGUCGUCCAGGGAGGCAACGUGACGAUCGAAUGCCUAGCGACAGGCAUAAACACUGCGGUCAAAUGGGUCCUCAAUUCGACGACGUCGUUACCAGCAACCGGACCUGGUUAUUUAGCGUUGACGGAUAUCCAUCCGAAUAUGGCCGGCCAUUACAGUUGCGUGGCAAUUACGGCAGGCAGCAACGUUGCCAGCACGUCAAUUACCCAGUCGACAGUGGUCCACGUUGCCACUGUGCCGCAAUUCAUUCGACUACCCAAGUCGCAAGUGUUUCCCACCGCCAAAACGGUGCGUUUCGAAUGCGAAGUCACCGGAAUUCCGUCGCCAGAAAUCCGCUGGUUCAAGGAUGGGCGGAUCGUUCCGAUUGGCGGUCGAAUCAAAAACCGGAUACGCAAUGGUGGGGCAUUUUCUGAACUGGUUCUGUCGAACACGGUGACGGGUGAUUCGGGCAUCUACCAGUGCCAGGCCAGCAAUCGAGCCGGUGUCGUCUCUGUUUCUGCCCGUCUUCUUGUCAACGUUUCGGAAGGCACCCGGCCGGAACCGCCUUCGAACCUGAAAGCGGUGGCCUUGACUCCGACGGCCGUCCUGUUGACGUGGGAUCCGCCGCGCAACGUGCCCGUCGAGGACGUCAAAGCCUACACGGUUCACUAUAUGCCUCUGGCGGCGGCUGGUCAACACGCGGCCACAUCCAACAACGAGGAAUUGCAAGAAGUGGCCACCACCUCCAGCCACAGGAUCGAAAACCUCAAACGAAAUGCCAAUUAUUCCUUUUACGUUCGAGCCUAUGUUCGAAAGUCGGCAUCGGAUCCGUCGGACAAGCUCAUUUUUAAUCCAGCCAUUUUGAUUCAAUCGAAAGAUCAACCGGAGUCGUCGCUGCCGUCAUCGUCUCUACCUCGUCCCACGCCCAGGACUUUACCUUCGCCCACGGCGCCCAACGUGACUCUCCUCCCGCUCACUCCCAAUACGCUGAAAGUCACGUGGCGUCGGUUCAGCUCUUCCUCCUCCACCACCUCCGCAUCAUCUUCCGUCUCGUUUUACAAAAUUCAAUAUCGGCGUCAUCGAGCCAAGGAGUUUGACAUUGAAGUCGUCAAGGGAGACAUUCACGAGUACACCAUCACUGGAUUACAUCCAGGCCGGAAGUACGACGUCCGUGUCUUGCCCGGCAGCAUGAAUGGGGCCGGAUCUGGACAGUGGUUCACUGUCGAAAUGCCCAGAGUGAUGGCCGAUGCCGGAAGUAGCCCAACCUCGCCGCAGUCACUUCCGUCGGCCGUCAUGGAACUUGUGACGGCCAAUUCCACGUCCGUUUUCGUGACGUGGCAGAAUGUGGGCGUCGUCGGCCGUCCGACGCGAGCAAACAUCCACUUGACUUACAGAAUCCAGGGCAGUCGAGAGACCAGUCCUGUUGUCAUCCUUCCAACAGCUUCCGGCUCUCGAUGGAUCGCUGGUCUCAAACCUGGAUCCAUCUACGAAUUUCAAUUGAUCAAUAACGACAGCGAGGAUGGACCGUCGACUGUGACCAGCACCAUCCGGACAUUGUGGGACGCUGGAUUCGAACACGAAGAGGAGGACACGGAUUCAGAACCGAUGCCCAUCCGGAUGGAGGCGAAAGUCGUGUCCAGCACCGCCAUCCAAUUGUCUUGGUCCGUGCUGCCACCGGAAAACGCGGCCAAUAUUCUUUACUACACCGUCCGCUACGUGGCCAUUCCGACGGAAUCGACCAGCAAUGCGGUGCCGACGCCAUCAUUUAUCCGCACCACCGCAAAUCAAUUCCAGCUGACCAAUUUGACAGCUUUCACUCUCUACCGCAUCAGCAUCCGCUCGCACGACCGUCAGGGACGUUCCAGCACGUACAGCAGUCCGGCAACGGAUGCGCGGACAAUGGCCGACUUACCGGGUCCACCCCUGGAUGUUUCCUUUUCCGUUGAGUCGAGUGCCGGAACAACAACAACAGGCCAACUGUUCUGGAAGGCUCCCUACCCCGUCAAGGGAAACAUCCUCGGCUACGCCAUAUUGAUUUCCGUCGAUCCGGAAGCGCCAAUCGACACUUGGACGAGGAAAGAAGAGCCUGGAGUUUGGCUGAGAAGUCAACUUCGAGCGCUCGUUCCUGGAACGGUGUACCACGUGCGGAUGCAGGCCCGCACGUCCGUCGGUUGGGGCCCUCUCACGGCCGCACUGGAGUGCCCUUUCCUUCCCGCCGAAGGGACGGGCAGCAUCAGCUCAGUGACGGACGAAAAAUCGAACGCCAACAACGAUGCGGCCGUCCGUUUCAGUGAGCAAUACCUGGGCGCUUUUAUCGGUUUGGCCGUCAGUGUCGGAUUGGCUAUCGCCUGUUCGCUCAGCAUGCUGCUGCGAGCGCGUUGCAUCAAGCGCAUGUCUCCGACGACGGAGCGUCAUCCAUCUCAACUGGCCAGUUCAUCUCAAGUGCAGCAAAUUCCAUCGUCGGCCGACGCAGUGACGGCCAGUGUAAACGGAUUGGCCAACGGUCGUUUGCAGCAGCAGCAGUGCCAUCAAAAGGAUCCGGUGAGGCGCAACGGUUCGUUGAGGAACAGCCGAGAGCGAUCGGACGAUGCGGCCCUGUUGGAAAUGGAAGCGUUUAUUCCGAUGUUGGCCACCAUUCCGCUGGAAGAAAUGCCUUCUCAUUUGGACACGAAAGGAGGCUAUCCAUCAGGAUCUCGUUUUAGUGUAGCCGGAAGAAUAAUUACGCCUACUAAUUACGCAACCGAGACGGCGAUGACGAUGAUCAGUCGCAAGGAAGACAAUGAGGACGAAGACGACGACGAAGAUCGCAGUGAACUGCCGCUGUUGUCUCUCUCUUGCAGUGUAGUCGGUCAUCCGGCCGGAUUAGAUGGAACCAUCCUGUCGCAAGCGACGGAAACGACGUGUUUGAGUUUAGAUUACCCGAGCCGUCGGAGACGAAGUAAACAUCAGGGUUCGUUGCACAGUCACGACGACGACGACGGUGACAGUUCGUUGCACAGUUUGGAUAGUGGAACGACAAGCAGCAGCCAGCGCCAUCAUCGGAGGAGUAGUGAAGCAAUUAGUUGUACUAGUGAUGAGAGUAGUCGAUCCUUGCGGCAGGAUCAAGAAGAUACGGGUAUGUGUCACGCUGAUCACAACCAGAUGAUGAACGACUCAGGAUUAGUAGUGGUCACCAGUGGUGGAUUGAGUUCCAAUAGUAACAACAAUCGGAGCCAAACGACGCCGACGACGCCAAAGGGGACAGCAGACCAAGAACAACAGCUGGUCAUUUCAACCUGAAUAACAUAAAAAUUCUCUCCUUUUCCUUUCCCUUUUGUGUUUUGUUUCCAGCCCGUAUCCUUGCCUCCCACCCAUUCUCUCCUCCAACUUCUCUCUUUCUCAGCAGCCUCCCAGGAACAACAACAGUUACGGGUAUACCUGUCCAAGACGGCCAUCUUCCCCUCGAUACAUCUUCUUCUUCUUCCUCUUCUUCUUCUUCUUUCUGUGGAUAAUAAGGAAAUAAAAAAAAAACGUGUGUGUGUGUGAGUGUGAGUGAGAGAGAGGAAGGCAACACACGCGUCAAUAGAAUUAUUAUUUGCAUAUAUCCUCUUACCCUCCCCGUUGAAAAUAUCAAAUACGUAUUUGACAAUUUAAGCAUUUAACGCCUCUUUUGUAAUUUAUAUUAAAACAUCGCUUUUUUUUUUUCCCCUCUUAUCCCUGGAAAAAUUUUCAUUUUUUUUUUUUUCUCUGCCCCAUCCCGGUGAUGAUUUUUUUUUUUUUUGCCUUCUACUAUACCACGAAAAGAAAAAAUGUUCGUCGGGUUUGUUAUGUGUCUGUCAUAAAAUGAAAACGUUUUUCUUUGUGUCCCUUUAAUUCCCAUUUUAUUUCUUUUUAUAUCGUAGCGAGUCACACAUUAAAUUUGUUGUUGUUGUUGUCCAAUCCACCAGCAGAACCUCCACCACACGAAGAAAAAAAAAAAUCCGCGCUCAAAAUGCUCAAAGCAUUUCUCAGGACUCUACCCUACUAUUCUCUUUGUUCUCUCCAUUUACUGCUGUUUAUAUAUAUAUAUUUAUAUAUAUAUAUAACUUACGACAAUUGUAAAUAUGAUCUUCUUUACAAAAAAAAAACAAAACAAAAAAACAAAAAAAAUUCUACCAGCCCCACCCACGAAAACAUUGAAACACAUUUUGUUUUUCCCCUGACUGGUACAAAUUUUCUUCUAAAAAAAAAUCAUUUCCCCUUCCCCCUCUCCUCCCACUGAAAACAACAUCAAACCCACACUACACACACACACACAGAUCUACCUCGUUGUUGAUUUGUUUCUCUCUUGACCCAUUGAUUCAGUUCCAAUCCGUCAGAUUUAUUAUAUAUUAUUCUGCUACCGCCGCUCUGUCUACCUCGAUUAUCUUUGUGUCUUUCCGCCCACCACAGCCACCUCCCCCACUGAUUUUUCUUUUCUUUUUCUGUACACACACACACACACACAUCUCCCUGACGUUUUUUUUUUUUUUAGUUCUCCGAUUAUUAAUUACGAUGUUCAGGGAUCGCCAUUCCGACGUUACCCGUUCAAAACGAAGAAGAAAAAAAGCUCAAAAGAUUUUCAUCCUUAAUUGGUUUAAUUUUUUACACACACACAGCCCUCCUCCUCAUCGUCUUUUACAACCUCCUACAACUCCAUUUAUUGACAAUACCUCCGGCCUCUCUGAAAAACACGAAACAAACUCGCUCAAUAGAACUUUGUAAUUAUUCCGACCCCACACAAUUACCUUUGCUGAAAAACAAGUUCCUUCUGGUUGCUAAGGGCUCAUUUUUUUUUUUGUUGUUGUUGUUGCGUGUACCACCUUCGACUCUUACUCAGGUGAAAACGACACGAGGAACACACUCAAGUAAUCCACCAAUUUCUUUUUCUCUCCUCCCGAAAUCCAUCCGCAUUGCCCACGUGUGGGUGGAAAGUCUUAUGUUUUAGGAUCUAUGAUUUUCAAACAUGCAAACAGUUUCAAAGAAAAGAAGGAAAAACACAAUCAGUACCUGAAUCCACAAACUUCUGUAUAAACAUGUGCAUUUUUCUCUAUCUCGCUACACUGUCGUCUGCUGCUAAAAAUCAUGGUUUUGUGUGUAUACGCUACGCUGCUCUGAUUAUUUUUCGUCUACGGGCAACUGAUUAAAUUCUUUUAUUAUUAUUAUUAUUAUUAUUAUAUAUCCCUCUUCCGAAUGUAAUGGAUACAUGAAAUGAUGCAAAUUGGAUUUUCGUAUGUCUGUGGACCCAGCAACUCGCUAAUUUUCGUGUGCGUGUAUUUGCCCAUCUUAUUGAUCGUCUUUACGUUUGAUCAUUUCGUUGUUGGCUUAUUCUCUAUCGUGUAUCUGCAUUCUUCAUUCAUUUUUUUUUUUCACCUUCAACCCCUUGUCAAAGUUACCUGUUUCGAUUCGGCAUCAGACGCCACUACCACACGUACGGUUUAUCGGUCUUCAUGCUCAGGUUGGAGAAAAAAAAAAUAAAGAAAUAAUUUCAUCUGUUUACACGUAAAAUUUUGUAAUACGUAAUACAUCGUGUACAUCAAA